CCAUUUUGAUGUAUACAAUUACAAGGCGUCUGUGUGCCUAGGUAGAGCUACUUCUCUUCUGAUUCUGUGUGAAUGACUGCAGCACUUGGCGUUUGAUUCUUUCAUUUUCUUGUCCUUCACCCUGAUGUUAGUUUUUUUAUUUCUUUGCUCUCGGACGGAAAUGAAAUUUAAACUGAGACAAACUACACUAAUAUGCUUGGAAGACCACUUCUUUGGCCUUGGAUCACAAUCAGUUGAAGCUGAUGACACAUUUACCACCUCCUCGCUAUCAACAUUAUGGAGGGUGCGUGAGUGUUGGUAUUUUUCUUUCUUUGUUCUUUCGUAGGCGUAUUUACUCGUCUCCGUAAUGAAGUUUCUUGAUCACAUUUCAUACCGGCUGCGAUUGUAGCAAGAGUUUAUUGCCCGUCUUUGUCUUUGAUGAAGCCUGCACUUCUAUAGUGGCGAAAAGCGAAGCCACGGCCGGCUCCACCGCCUGUGUUUAAGUAGGUAAAAGAUGGCAGAGGAAGAAAAAGGGCUGGAGAUGGGCUAUAGGCCUGGCGAGCUCCUCUCCCAGCAAGAUGAGACCGAGCUAUUGCUAAAGAGAGGGAGGGCGAAUCUGUGCCAUCACCUGAUGAUACUCGGGAAGUCCGCCAAGCAGAUGUUGGUCAACAAGCAUGGGCCAAUACGUUUCAGCACGCUGAUGGGGUUUACGCUCUUAAAUCGACGCAUUCACACGCUUGGAGGACACGCACAAAUACGCCCAAUUGUGUAGCCAACACGUUCUUGUGACAAGGGCGCGCGAAAUUUACAGCAUGGCACUACAUUGACUUUUUUGCAGCGAAAGAGGAUGCGGUGCUGGGAUUUGAUUUGCUUUUCCAGCACAUGCAUGAUACUAGAAGAAACUGCAAUCUUUCUAAAAGCGAAAAUCAAAAUGAUACACACAACAUUGGUCAGUUUUUUUCUUUUGUGGACAUGGACACGGCCACUUUCAAUUUAAAUUCGAUCGUGAUCUUCUGCGUGUGGUCUGUGGCCGCAUUUUCAGGCCAUAAUGCUAGUGAGUAUCUCGCACAAGGAGAUCGUGAAGUACCAACAGUCGCUGCCCGCCUAUCUUCAAAAAAACACGAACCCACCGACAUUCAAUUACAAUUUUGUCAUGCAGGAGAAAGUGCAGAAAGGGAAAGUCACAGUCAAUUUCCUGUGCUUGUCUUGCACGAUAUGGAUGGGGGUGUUUUUUUUUGCUGUGGAUAACAUGGGCCAGACCUUGAAGCGCCUGGUAAGGGACGCAUCGUACGGCGGUCCGACUCCGGAGAAAUUCAACGAAGACAAAUUCAGGACAGAAGUGGUGGUCGCAAGAGUCCAAUUCAACGAGGUAUUUCUAUAUGAUGUGAAUGAUGUUGUAGCUCAUCUUACAUUUUCAUUUUCUGGCUCGUCGCGUUUUCCUUGUCUCGUACUCGUUCAAGAAAAUUCAUUGAGUAUCAAUAUAAUCACUUGUGAGGCGAUGUCACAUAUAUUUAUAUUUUAUUUCUAGUACCCUGGCCCAGCUAGGUGAUGAGGAUGAUGCAAAUCACUUUCUUGUCGCUAUGAAAGAAAGUGACCAUAACGCUCUUGUCUAUUUUUUUUUACGGAUAAAGGAUAUUUUUAUUAUUUUGAUAUUUCCCUCGCGUGCAGCUCGAAGAUCAAUGCACAAAGGGUAUUCGUGCGCUUGUUCACAAAUCUUGUUUAAUAUUCUUCCUUGCAGGUCGUCGACAAGGUCUUCCACGAGAUACUCAGAGCGCUUCAGAACGGGACCCUCGCGGCCCUUGGUGAAGGCAACAAUGACAUGAAUAUUUUGAACGACCAGUAUGCUGCGGAAUUGACGAAGGUUCUGUAUUACCUCAAGACAAACAAAGAAGGUGAAUCGGUCAAGAUUCCGCACCACAAGAUAUGCCAUGAAUAACUCUUCAGAUUUUUAACUACUUACAAAUAUAAACAUGCUUUACAUUUGCAUAUGUGCGAACAGACACGCAAUCUCAACCAAAAAAUGAUCAAUGUCAAAGCGAGCUCUUAAAAUACCGACCGCUGUGUAGACCUGCUUAACUCAGUACCGAUAGUGGCUCAGAAGCUCUGGAAACAGGUGCAAUGCGACUAAGUAAAAGGGGCAAGGCGAGGACUAGCAAUCUGCAGGAGAAAGCCCGUGCGGUUGCCAAGUGCAACAAGGAGCUAUCUUGCAUUGAUGCGUGGCAUUGUGCUAAUAGCUAUCGCUUUGAAAUACGCGGUCAAAACUGUAAGAGUUGUUUGCGUUAUACCCGGAACAAGAUUUUUUCUCGCGUAACCCGCAGUACACCAAAUACGCUUACCGAUGGGAAGGAGGUGCGAUCUCGACUAUCAUUGAGUUGUGAUAUGUAUGUAAAGAGAAAGAGUGGCGCUCUUUUGUGAUUGCACCCGCCAAGAAAAAUCCCUUGCUUGGAAUGCAGCUUUAUGUAUUCAGAAGCAUAUACGGACUUACCAGAAGAAUGGAUGUUCACGCUGAUCGACAUGAUUUUUCUUCCGACGGAAAACACACAGCACAAAGUGAACCCUCAAAGUUCGCAGCGGGAGCCUUGUCGUUGUUAGUUUCUUGGUACCGGAGGUGAAUAUGUUGUUGUGCUUCAAUCUGCAUGACAAUGAAAUCUCCAUGGGAAUAGAAUGAUACUUUUUAUCAGGAGGUAGAAGAAUGUCGCAUACUUCUGCAGGUAUCGCCGGCGUUUUAGUUUUUCAGAGCAAGAAACUACCUGUAACCGGUGAAAUUGAUCCAAGAGACGACAGAUCGAGCGCAUGGCGACACCCACACCUGCCCAGAUAUGCAUUGUAAAUAUGUCUGGGUCCUCUGGAGGAAAAAACGAGAUUUGUGAUGGUGCUACCUUUGUAUGCUACAAAAAACUGUAUUGCAUGAGCAGCAACUUCUCAUGCAGGAGCAGCAACUUCUCAACUACAAAAAACUGCAUUGCAUGAGCAGCAACAGGCGCUUAGAUUUUUGCCACCGCAAGAGCGCACUUCUCAUGCAGGAGGGGCAUAUUAAUCAACCCUUUCCGAGAGGUGUGAUUCUUUAGCAUGCAUUACAGGUGGCAACGUGGUGUGGGUCUGUCAUGUACAAUUUCGCAUGACAAACUGAAACUACCCCAAUCUCCCAGACCCAGACAUAUUUGCACUUGAUACCGGAGGACGAACGGUGGCGCGACUGUGAAAGACUUGGGCCCCGUCGUCCGGGCAAAGUAGUUGUUGCCCUUGCCGCAAAAUAUCGCAGAAAUAUGCACGUUGCUGCAACUGGUUGGCGGAGUUGCCGAGAGCCAGUGGCCGGGCCCUCGGGGCCUGUAGUGUUCGGGCGGGUUAUUUUCCCAUCCUCGUGACAGUGGCAAUCCGUAGAAGCCGUUUUCUCAUGAAUAGACCAAGUGUAGUGCCCAGCCUAGGGGGUGUCCGUUUGGACUCACCGGCGUACGCGCAUUUUUGCAACCACAUUGUGAUUAGCAGACUCCUUCUUGGGCCUACGGGUAGGGGUACUGGUAGCGUCGCUGGUCCUUGUCCUCUGCCAUCUCCCGACAGGAUCGAUCUGGCGCUCAAUGCCGCACCUUGUGCUUUGUGCACCCACCCCACGGACCCGUAGCGUCCGUAAGCCUGGUUCCUCACUAGGGGAACUAGCGCAGAAGUGUCUUAAGGAUGACAAAAGGAGCGAGCAUCACACUCAUAAAUUGGCAUGGCACAGGAGUACGAGGGGGAUUUUUCUUGGGCCGAGGAGUAUUCCAAUUCCCUGUGUUCACUCAUUUCUCCUCUAUAUAUCGGAUUUCAGAAGGCAGUGCGUCGCAUUGCAGCAUCGUCACAAACGCUCCGGCUUGCAAAUGUCUCAAAGAACGUGCAUCACACACUCGGGCGCUCUUCUUUGGUUGGUAGAGGUUCGAGGAAAAUCUUCACUCCGAGUGAAAAAACUCCGCGAUAUAGUAUUCAACACGCACAUUGCAUGCGCACUUCGCAUCUGAAGUAGGCAUCUGCACCGAAAGGGUGAGCAGUUGAAACCAAACCCAACGAUGGAGGUGGGCAGGCUCUUCGUUAAGAGCACGGCCCUUCGUCAAAAGAUCCCGCGCUGCGACUUUGCAUUAGUCACAUCACGCAGCUUCUAGGCGGGAGUAUGUUGAUGAUAAUAGCUAGAGGCCCACUGCAUGCUGUGCAGAAGAAACGAAAAACAGGUCUGGUGUAAUUAGUAAAAUUAAGAUAUAGAUACUGUGACAAUAAGUACUGCCUUCGCUUUUUUCCUGCGAUAUUGCACGGUCUACAAACUUUAUCGCGCACGAAAGCUGUGCCGUCACUGGCCGUUAGUGUGUGUGUGUGUGUGUCUUUCCAAUCUUAUUGCAGUUGUAAGAUGGCCGCGGCCGCAAAUAUCUUCAAAUGCAAAUAUGUCUGGGUCUGGAAGAAUGCAAGAGUUGUCAUGCUGCUCGGCUAGCAGAACACUAAAGUGAAAGAAAAUCUGUAAUGCUCAUGCACGUUACCCAAAAGCCCCAGUUUUCUUUUAUUUCUGUGAUGCAGAGACGCAGUCUGUCAUGCUCACCUAGCUAGAAGCUCAGAAACUUGUCACACUUAGCCACCACUUGUGAUUGUGGCCUCCCAUUCAGCAUAUAAGCAGAAGCGACCCACUUCCAUGCAUUUUCUGCUUGACUAGCAUUGGCCUUGAAGCUGCCUAUUAGUGCUCCUUUGCGCGACAAAUUGCGUGGGGAUAGUUUAUUUCUUCUUGGAUGUCGAUAUUGGAAGAUAUGGAUUUAUUGGAGUGACGCUGCGAUCAUCUGCGGCACAGCUUGCUUCUGGGAUAUCAUCAUGGAGUAUUGGGAGAGAUUCAACAAACAAGAUGGCCUCCUCGACAUCAUACUGAGAAACGAGUACGUUUACCUUUUAUUCUCCUUUCACUUUCACCGUCUUUUGCAAUAUAAAUAAUGUCUUAUCAUACGAAGUAGAAGAACCUGAAAUGCAGAAAAGCUACAGGGACACCGAAGUUUUAGAGAUGACUCCGAGCAGGCGCCGCCAUGUGAAAUCUCUGUAGAACACGACCACUAUUAGCUGCGUAUUGAGAACUAAGAUGAAAGGCAAGUAGAAGGCGGUGAGUUGUAAUGCCAGCGGGCUCACUCCGCCAGCGUGACCCCUUCAGGAGUCAACAGUGAACGAGACACCACGGCGGUAAGUAGCCGGAGGUGGUUCUCAAACAGAAGGAUUGCGCAACAAAAUUAUGUCCGGAAGGUUGUCGUCCAGCAACAUCUUGCUCUAAAGCUGGUUCGUCUGGUAAUGCAAGUCGCCAGCUCGACUCUGCAGAGACGCGCGGCCUGCCUCUCUCGUAAAGCGGACGACGUACGAAAUGCUGGACGGAGCAGUUUGUUCUGGAACCGACGCGAACCCAGUCCGCCAAUGCACGAUAGCCACUGCUGCUGGGCGGCGUUUCGUUUGAGGAGAGGCAGGGGCCGCCGCGGGCGCAGCUGCGAAGAUGCCGCCGUGGCACUACGUAUCUUGGCGAAGGUCCGGGCCAAGGGCGCUUCAUUGUGUGCGAGAGGCGUUCGCGAUCGCGAGGAGCUUUUGGCUGGCGUUGGCCUGAAAAAUCUGAAGAUAUAGAUGAAUUAUCACAGGCCGAUGAACUACACCUAGCCACUGCACCACAGGGAAGCAUCCAGCAGUCGAGUUUCUUAUCGGCGACGCCAUCUCCAGGUCGUCGCGAAAUCAUCAAGCAAGACGCGGAAACUAUACUUAGCGCAAAAGUUAAAAAAAGCUAAAGGAACAACCAAUGUGGUACUAGAUCUGCAUAGACAAACAACCACCGCUAAGGAUUCCUAAGUCUAGAUCGUGCAGCAGCUUCUGUUCGUAAUAUUUCGCAACUUUCAUUCCAUAUAGGUCGAAGUAGGCCCGCGCUUCUGUUGCGGGUUGUACGUUUCCACAUCCGAACCGUGGCCCGCCUUAAAGGUAGUAGAGAUAGAGUAGCAGCAGGCUUCAAUCAUGCCCGUUCUACACCUGGAAUGGUAGUUUUUGUUUCCUUUGCUUAUCUUUUUGCAGUCGUAGCUGCCGUGGUAGGCGUUUAUUCUAUUUUUCUUUGAAGUUCGCACCUUUUCUCGUUUGGUCAACUCGUGUUCUUUUACUUUUUUACGUAACGUUAUAAAGGUAGUCGCAUUUUAACCUAAAAAAGAUCGCGCCGCUAAACUGAUAAGUGAUAAGCUAUUUUCUACUGGCUGUGCAGCGCGACAGCGCCGCAACGCAACUAACAACACCUGGCUGCAUGGUCUCCGCAGCCGUCAGUAGAUGAGAUGUCGGCGAUGCUACCCAGCACCAAAUCAAACACUUGAAGAAGAAGUUGAAGCAAUUGGAUCGAGAACAAUUCCAAUUGACCGUGCAUGAUCUUGAAUCGAGGAUGAUGGUGGGGGCUCGGCUAUUAUUCGCUUCAAUUGUCGCAUUAGCAAUAGCACAAGACUACUGAUUAAACUUACUUCAUCAGGACCUUCCGAACCGUGCUGGAGCAGAACAUGCCGCAGCAGGUGUUUCAAGAUUUUUCGUCGGUGUUCGGAAACGCGUCGCAGAUACCACAUAAACAGUUUCCCCUCAACAUCCCAAAGCCCCUACCAGAAGGUGUGAAUGAAGACAGCAUUCCGCUGGUGAAUAGGGUCGUGUUUUCCGGGUGGUGGCAAUGGAUUUGUGCAAUUCGUCAGAUAUCAAGCAAGACCGGCACUAGAGGCACGAUAUUUGCAUAUACAUAGACAUACUCGUAGUUGCAUAUCUGUGUAUGCAUUAUGAUAGGUAUUGAGGUGGGAUAUUGACAGGAGCAGAACUUGCAGCAUAUCGUUUUUUGUUGGGAGGUCACCUCGAGGAAGCUUUGCAGCUCAAGAUUUCUUAAUUUGUGCGCUCCUUGUAAGCCGUUUUCCUUUGAUAUCUCGGAGAAGUGCGGGAGGCGCACUACUACGUCGUGAACCCCGAGCCGCCCUAUAAUCCGGAGCAAAAGCAUCUGAUGCGAUUUGCGGAUUACAACCCACCCGAAAAGACGCUGCACGAGCACACGCAGACGUACGCGAAAUCGAAUGGUAGGUAUCGCGCAAUGGUGCGGGCGCAAACUUUCCAGCAAUCGUCAGUUUUCUACGACACCAAUCAGGAGUACGGAAUCGAUCACAACAUGCGAGUUGAGCGUCGUGUUGACGUGAACAUGAACAAUCUUGUCGCAGCUCGGACUGGGGUGGCGGUAGGGGUAGCGAACUUUAACACGCUGACGUAAAUCUGUUGCGGGCGUGCAACAAGUAGAAUCAUGUUGAUGAUGAUCUUGUUCGAUUGAUAAUACCUCCUGGUGCUUCUUCAUGGACGUGUCUGACGCAGUUGAAAAAACGUAGACAAUUAGCUUAUUUUUCGCGCUCACUUACUUCUGUCUCUGUAUGGAAGAAGAAAAAAUAAAAAACGGACAGAGUGCAGAGCCGGCUCAUCCUUAUCUGGCUAUGAAAAAAAAUUUUUAAAUUGAAAAACAAAAUAAAUCAACCUCAGAUUCUUCAAGAAAUUACUGUAUAUUUUUUCAAUGGUCUUCAAGAAAUAUGGAAAAAAAUAACGUCAACGCCAGGAGCCCGCGCUCUCCCAUGUAAGCGCGAAGCACGAAUGUUAGCAAACGCUUUUGAUUAUUUGACUUUGAUUCGCAAAUACAUGAUCUACUACUACUGUCUACCCCUUCUGUUCUGAUGUGUGCGACGUGGUGCUUAGGGUUGCCUGACUGCUGCAUUGAGCCCGGCUAACGUAACGGCGCUACGUGGGCCGACAUCUCUUAUCUGAUACAUAUCCAUAUGGC